AUGGCCCAGGUGGAUGUGACCUGGCAGGUUGAGGACGGCGCUCGCCACAACUUCUCGCCGGCCUCCAUUCCUCACGCCAAGGGUCUUUAUGUGGCUUCGGCGCCAUGCGCCGACCUGCCUGGCUGGGGCAUGGGAGAGACCGACAUCGACGCGCGCAUGAUGUCGCUGACGUCGUGGUUGGACUUGCUAUGCCAGUGCAAGAUCAAGCAUGUGCUAUGCUUGAUGGGGCAUGAGGAAGCGGAGCGGAAGUUUGGCUCCUUGGGCGAUGGCGGCCUGGAAAAGACGGUGCGCGGACAGGGACUGAGCUACGCCCAGGUGGCCGUGUCGGAGGAGGCCGGCGCCCCUCUGAGUCCAGCGGACCUUGCGGCUGCGUUGCGCACGCUGCGAGCGUUGAAGCCGAGCGAGGAGAGCGUCGUCAUCAUUUGCCGUGACGGACGCUCGGUUGCAGCAGCGGUUGCUGCCUCCUGGCUGAUCUUGGAGUGCGGCCAGGCCAUGGACACGGCGCUUUCUGCUGUCGCAGACUCCGCGCAGAAGGCUGGCGCCUGGAGGACACCGCUAGAAGCCUUCGAAAACAGCCGCGAGGCCUUCUCGGCGGCCCUCGCCGCAGCCAAUACUUGA